AUGUCUGACGAAGUUAAUCGAGAUUACCAAGUGGGCUCCUCGUCGAAUAAUCCAGGAUCGAUGGCUGAGUUUCGACAAUAUAUUAACGAAAGCCAUCAUGAUUUAGUCAACCUAUUGACUCACCAGAUGACUACUAUUUUGAAUCCUAUCCUAGCUGACAAUGAGUCAAAAUAUGAUCGACUGGUUAAACAAGUCGAGAGAAUUGCUCGAAUUGUCGAUUAUGAUGAGGGGAAUGUACUUAAGAAUCCUGAAAGGGAAGAAAAUAUCCCUUAUCUCGUUCGACGAGAUCAAAAUGCUAAUGAAGUUUUGAAUAGACUUCACACACAACGUGGAUAUUAUUACCAGGUGACAAGGAUUGUUGAGGAUAUCCUCAAUGGAAUGGGUAUCAACGUGGGUCUCAUGCAUCGACCAUAUUUUAUUUCUGCUUUUCCUUCUGUAGUGAAAAUGACAGAAGUGCCAAUAUGUGUAAGAACUCCCAAAAUAAUUACAAAAUUUAUAGGAGAGGCUGGAGAGUCAACUGUUGAGCAUAUAGCUCACUAUUUGGUCGAAUUAGAAAAUUUGGCAGAUAACGAAAACCUGAGAAUGAAGUUUUUUCCUACUUCAUUAACAAAAAAUGCUUUCACUUGGUUUUCAAAUCUGAGACCCAGUUCGAUUUUAACAUGGGCACAAUUAGAAAAUGCUUUUCAUGCUCAAUUUUAUAGAGCAGAAUUGAAUGUCUCGUUGACAGAUUUGCUUGCAAUAGAACGAGAUGAUGGAGAAUCGAUAGAUGACCAUAUAAUUCGAUUCAAAAAUGCUCACAAUCGAUGUUAUGUGUCGGUCCCUGAAAGCGAGAUCGUCAAAAUAGCCAUCAAAGGUCUUGGCUUGUAUAUGCGUCGAAAGUUACUCAAUAUGCAUAUUCCCGAUUUAGCCUAUUUGGCUGAGAGAGUUUGA